UAGAAGAGCAUAUUUAAUUAAUGGGAGUUCGCUGAUCGCUUCAAAAUCAUUCUUAUUUUUCGAAGAUGGCGGAGCAACUGCAGAGAGCAGGUUCAACUCGCGCCCCCACUAAAAUUCGCUCUUAUAUAAUAGAAAAGACCAUAGGAAAGGGAAAUUUUGCUGUUGUCAAAUGUGCCAAACAUGCCAUUGCAAAUGUCAAGGUUGCUAUAAAGAUGAUCGAUAAAAAUCACCUUGAUGAAGAUAAUUUGAAAAAAGUUGAGCGGGAGGUGAAAAUCAUGAGAAAAAUCAGCCAUCCACACAUUGUCAGAUUAUACGAGGUUAUGCACACCGACCGAAUGUUGUAUCUGGUUACUGAGUACGCAGCUGGUGGAGAGAUUUUUGAAUAUCUCGUCAAGCGAGGAAGAAUGCCUGAAAAGGAGGCAAGAAAAACUUUCCACCAGAUAUUGUUAGCUGUGGAGUACCUUCAUAAAAUGAGAAUUGUCCACAGGGAUUUAAAGGCCGAGAAUCUUCUUCUGGAUGAAAACAAUAAUAUAAAAAUUGCAGAUUUUGGGUUUAGCAACCGGUUUGAGCCCGGGUUUAAGUUAAAGACGUGCUGUGGAAGCCCACCAUACGCCGCCCCUGAGUUAUUUGAGGGCAAAGAAUAUAACGGACCCGCGACAGAUGUUUGGAGCAUGGGAGUCGUCUUAUAUAUCUUGGUUUGUGGCACACUGCCGUUUGACGGGAAGACUUUGCCAGAACUAAAAUCACGAGUCUUGGCCGGCAGAUUCAGGAUACCGUAUUUCAUGUCUGAAGAUUGUGAAAAUCUCAUUCGCCAUAUGUUAAUUGUCGACUCCAACAAGCGUUACUCAAUUGCACAAAUCAAACAGCACAAAUGGCUUAUCCAGGGUGAACCCUAUGAAGAUCUAGCAGAUCUUUCCGAUCCUCGCGAAGAAAACACUAGUGUUUGUGUGUAUAAUGAGAAAGUGUUACAGCAAAUGGAAAAACUGGGAGAGGACAGGUCCAAAAUUAUACAGGCUUUGCAAAAGAAAACUUUCGAUUCACUAUAUGGCUUGUAUCAGAUUUUGCUGGAAAAGCGUCGAAAAGAACAGCGAUCUUUUGACAAAAGUGGCUCGAACGAAGCUAUUGACAUUGAUAAUGAAUACGUUCAUAUCGAGGGCUUGCCUUUAGAAGCAGACAGUAGCCAGGGACCGUGUGCUACCGCGAAGAACAUUCCGGAAAGUGUUCCGAUCGGCUCGGUCUUUUCAAACGGUGAUGACCUCAAUGGAAAUCGCCCGGAUUUACAAAAAUAUUUAUCAUCUAGACGUCAUACGUUUGCGGUUGCGUUGAACCCACAGGAAGUCGAGCGAAUUGCCGUCCAGACCAGUGAUACUAUAAACAUACCUGAGAUAUCACGCAGAUCACCCACACCCCCACCUGGAGAACAACGAAAACUGUCAUACAAAGAACAAUUUCUGCCGUGUCCUGCCGUCUUGCAAGUGCGGCCAUCAUAUGAUCGACGAGCAUCAGAUGGCUCUGCAUCUAUCCAAUCAAGCAUAGCUCAGUUUCAUGCACUCCGCAAGGCCCGCAAGGCUUUUAAUCAAGUUUCUAACCAUGAUGACUCGAGUGGUGGUAGCAACCAAAGUAGCAUGGAACAGCUACUCGGAGUACCACCUUUCAAAGAUGACGAUAGGGAUUCUGGUUCUGAUCAGGAGCCUGAUCUUGAGGCAGCUGCUAGGUAUUUGAAAGGUCGUGGAAGGCAGCAGCGACACACUCUAGGUUGCGUAAUUGAGCCCUCUGCUGGCUUUGCGGAGAGUAACUUUUCCGACGGUUUCUGUGCACUUCCGCAGCGUAGAACAGCGUUAGUUCCUACACGAGAACGUGAGCGUGCAAGUCCUAUUCCUUAUUGCCCAACCAUGGGGGCGUCAGUUGAAACACGUUCGCGUUACCACCGUCGAUCGUCUGAGGGUAAUACUGGUGCAGUUCUCAAAGCUAAUCUUGGGCAAAUUGGCGAGCAUCCUGACCCAAUGAAGCAUUUACAAGCAGAAUUUAUGAAGCUGCAGCAACUUUACGGAAACAGAUCCGAACAGCCAAGCAUGCGCCAACGAAGAAACCAGAAUCAGAAAGAUCCGCAGCUCCGCAAAAGAGACACCCCAUCAAGACAUUCAUAUCCAGCCUACCAAGACAUGGGCGUGGCAAGCUUCGAGGAAGCAAUGACCCAAGAUGAUGAUGACACUUCGCCUACGGAAACAGCAAUCAAGGAGCCAAAUUCGGAACAUAUGAUACGUCAUCAGCAGGACGUUCUUAUCAUGCUUCGAUUAAAGCAAGAAGAAGAAAUGAAAAGAUUGCGACACGAGCAACUGCUUAAGCACAAAUUGCUAUUAAAACGACAGGAAGAAGAGCAAAGGGAAUUCAUACGUCGUGCAUCUGGUGGAAGUCCUAACUUGGAAGCGACUAUUGAGACAUUUUUGAAAAUGAAAGGCUUAGCACCGGAACAGAAAGUGGCCAAGUCUGAAAUAGGCGCCCCAGUCUCUGCAACCUUCACACAACAGCCAGAGCAGUUACAAGAGCAGAUGCAGAAGUUGAAUUUACGGAUACCGGACAUGGCGUUCACCUCCGUGGGUAGUGACGCAACUACUCAGGUAAACCCAGUACCUUUCCACUCGCCUUUCUCUUCCCGUCAGUCCUCUACGCCUACAGUCCCAGAGGAGACACACCUAAGAGGGCAUAUUCGCCAGAAAUCGGCGCCUGCAGGAGUACCAUACUCUGAACCAAGCAAGCAAAUGGAAGUUGACAUGUCUCGUACAGGCUCUGAUUCUGAAACAUCAGGUAGUAACGGUUUUCCUAGUGUACAGCAACCGCCGGAGUUUCCACAACCAAGCUUGUUCUUUCCUUUUGCCAUACACCCACUCUAUGCCGCAGCCACUGCCGCACAACCGACUAGCCCGUUGCUAGGUGGCCAUAAUGGAUUAAACAAUGCAUCAAUGUCACCGAGAAUGCCGCGUACAUCGAGUACUUCACAGACUAAUAGUAAUUCGAGCAUAGGAACCAAUGCGUCGAAUUAUUGGACAAGUUUUCUGCAAGAGUGUUCUGAAAAAGCCCUUGAAAACCAACAGGUCACACAAGAGAGUGUAUUUUAUAAUAAUAACUCUAGUGAAACUGCUCCAAGCAAGGACACUACGCACCCUCUUAGGACAGCUAUUAGUUAUGAUAUGAUAUCGGAAAAGGAAAUCGCAUUUAUAGUGGCCCAGAUACAGCUGGCCCUCGAUGCCCGGCAGCCGAGUGGAUUUGAUUAUAACAAGUCGGAUUCUUAUUUCUCUCUGUUUGGCAAUGGCGUGCAGAUGGAGAUCGAGGUAUCGAAUGUACCUGGGAGUGACCUAAAUGGUAUCAAGCUAAGAAAGGUUGAUGGAGACACGUGGGUGUACAAAAGACUCUGUAAUGAACUUCUUUCCGUCAUCAAAGUUUAAAGAGGUAGAAUUAUUUGAAAAUUAAAUUAAUAAAUUUAUUUCAAAGAUGUAUGAUAGAAAUAAAGUUAGACGCUAUAUGACAUUGUUUUCAAACUUUGAGUUAGAACUAAUGUAGUUUAACAACAGACAUAAACUUAACGUCCACGGUAUUCAGCUGUUGUGUUAUGCUUGAAUUAGGACCGAAACUUAAAAAUCACACCUUAAUAACAAGUGUUUAUGUUAGGGAGCAGUCUGAAGGAUCUCUCUGAACGUUGCUUGUCUUUCCUUUGUCUGGAAAAGCUGAUCCACAUUAUUCAAUCGACUAGCUUUUGUUUCAAUGUCCGAAACUACCAGCUUUCUCAGAAUUAUUUCGCCUGAUAAAGUCUUUCUUUGCAGCAAUAGUGCAACGCAAAAUGAGGAAAAACGCAAUAAAAUCUGGAGUACUUCAACCUCUUAUAAUAUUUGAGAAAUGUUUAGUUGGGUGAAAAUUGUGUUUUUUAUGUUGGCCCCAAUUUUUUAGGCUCUGACUGUACAGUGUUGUCUUUUCUUGGGUACAGCAAAAAACAAUUACAUAACAUUUGUAUCACAAAUUACGACCAAUUUUAGUACUGCUUAAUGCUUUUCUCAUUUAACCAUUCGAAGAACCCAUUUCCCCCUGCAUGAUCUAGAAAGAGAUUCUCAACAUAUAUUACAGGUCUUGUGUCAGGCAUGUACUCGUUUAUUGGCGCUAAUAACAUUUAUUGUUUGAGUAUACUAUGGCCUGACUAAGUCGUAUUUCUACUGAGCUAAACUUUAUUUUUGUCUAAAAAAAGAAUUUGAAAAAAAUUGGCUAGAAAAAGGCAAAUGGUGGAUUUUUAAAAAACCUUAAUCAAAUUGAAUUUUAUUUUCUACAAGUAACAGAAUUAACAAUACAACUUUUCCGAAUUCUUUUGCGUCGAAACUUCUUGCUUUUUGGUUUAUUUAAGUUGUAUUUGUUUUGCAUAGGUAAAGUCUGAUACAGUGAGUUGGAUCUAAAGUAUUUUUCCAAUGUUUGUUUUAAAUUGAGUCCGAUACAAAGAAGUGCUGCAAAACCUUCCAACCCUUAUAUAGCCUACUAACUUUGUCUGAAACUAAAUCCUUCUAUAUUUUGGUCCACUUUGGAGCUUGUCUGACAAGCUGCACCAGUCUCCCCAUAAUCUUUUAUGAUAUUUCAUUUAGUCUUCGUUUCUUCGCUGCUUUGCCACCAGACUUCGUUAAGACGAUAGGAUAUUUCGUUACGUCGCAGUAAAAGCGCCAAGUUUGUUUUUAAACACAACUCCCUCACACUUUACUGUGCCUUUAACUCCUGUCAUGCUUUUAUUUUAACAUAACACCAUACUUGUAUUCUAAACGCGAUCUUAUAUGAAAGUUAAUUUUCGACUAUGGAUUCUACUUACAUAAAAAUAAAAAAGUUUUAACAUUCUGAGACUGACCAAAAAUUUUAAAUUCACUCUUAAGUUCAAACAAACCGACUAGUCUGUAUUUCCAUAUGACCCCUCUACAUACACGCUAAAUGGUUUAUCCUGCCCAAUAUUUAUCAUAAUCUCUUUGGCACAACGCUAAAAGGAACAGUCAAUAAAUAAAUACUAUUGAAUUAGAAAAGACAUUAUAAAUGAAUAUAUAUAUAUAAAUAUAUAUAAAUGAGACUUUAAAAUAGCAAUUGUUACGUUGAUUGUGAAUGUAAAAUAUAUUACUGGAUGAUUUGUUUUUAUUUUAUUAUAAUUAUAUUGAUUUUAAUUCUUCUGAUAGUUGUUAUUGUUAAUAUUAUUAUUGUUGUUGUUAUUUUUAGUCUAAUUUCACUUCUUUAUUAUUUUCAUUGUUGUUCGUAUUUUAAUGGUAGAUUAAUGAUCUCGGUCUUGUAUGAUAGAUGACUUUGCGUAAAAUACCCUAACGAUCUAAAGUCUUUGA